GCGCGUGGAGACACACAUUUUGGCCCUGUAUGGGCCCCACACCCUUGUGAAUGACGAGCACAUACUGAAGAACCUCGCUUCGGUUGUCGUCCGCCUUCGCAUCGCUCGACGGCCAGGAGGAGACGUGGUUCGGGUCGUAUUUCCUCUCUAGGCUGUGGAUGUCUCAGAAGAAAAGAAUCCAAUACAGGAUCGGCCGGUACUGGACAGAGACGAAGCGCAUGUACAGCGUGCUGGAUCCACACCUCCUGGGCCGUGACUGGCUCGCCGGCGAGGCUUGGAAAAUACAGUAUCGUCGAUGCGAAGGCGUUCCCAUGACUUUACUAUGCUGUGCUCCGUGGACAGGCAUAUGCAAAGCCGAUGUGCCGCCAUUUGUGCGGGCGUGCAUUGAGCGCAACUUUGCGCGCAGCAGCACGCAGGCGGGUAUGCAGCAGCCGAGCGCCAAGCUGACGGCACUUGCCAGCUCGAUGUGGGACGACGAUUUUGCGCAGAAACAGGUGGACGACAUCCACACGUUCGCAUCGCAGGCGCAGGGUGCGAAGGGAGAGAGCGAGAGAAGUAGAAGCAGGGGUGACGGCGGCUAUCUAUCAGAUCGACGGGCUUUCCCACAGACGGACGAUCUGCUGCUGGAUCCAUGUGCUUGCUUGCUCACUCUACUUGCUCCUGGCUGUACAAACCCAUGUUUGUGAGCAUCGGUUGCACGAGGUGCCAGCGAGCCAACGCAUGGAAGCAACCCCCAAGCGCGCGCGUCCCGUUGGAU